GACAAUUGGGUAGAAGUUUUUGGGCUUAGCAACUCGAGGAGAAGACUUUUGUCCGAUGGGGGAUCUGACGGACAGUCUGACCUGUUCCAUCUGCCGGAACGUUUAUACCGACCCGGUAACGCUGACCUGUGGGCACAACUUCUGCCGGGGUUGCAUGACUAAUACGUGGAACAGCAGGGAGAGGCUGGGGGAAGAUUACUCCUGCCCCCUUUGUUGCAAGAGCGUUAUGAGAAGACCCCAACUUACAAGCAAUGUGACUCUGAAGAUGAUAGUGGACAAGGUCCGUCUUAAUCAGGAGGAGAGUGGCAUCUUCUGCACUUAUUGUGUCCACUCACCUGUACCUGCUUCUAAGACGUGUCUCCUGUGUGAGGCUUCCCUGUGUGUCACUCACCUGUACUGGCACAGCAAGUCCGACAAGCACCUCCUCACUGAGCCAACGAAGGACUUUGAGAGCAAAAAGUGCCCCAUCCAUGGCGAUGACCUGCAGUAUUAUUGCGAGGAGGAUGCUACUUGUAUCUGUAAGUCCUGCACCAUGGAUGUAGAGCACAGGGGCCACCAGGUGGAGAAGCUGAACGAGGCCUCUGACAAGAGAAAGGAGAGUUUGAAAACCAUUUUGGAGAAACUGAGCCCAGAGAGAAACGAAAUUGAGGAACGACAGCAGAGACUACGGGAGCACAGCCGAGAAGUGGAAGGUAGAGCAGAACAUCAGAUCAAGCAAGUCAUUGACAUCUUCAGAGGCAUCAGAUUAAAACUUGAAGCUCUGAAAAGCCAAGCCUGCCAGGAAAUCUACGGGCUGAGAAGGCAACUUUCUUCCCCACUCUCUUUUCAGAUGAAGCAGCUGGAAAUCAAGAAGAAUGAGCUGAUCAGGAAGAUCCAACACAUUGAGGAGCUGUGCAAUAUGGUCAACCCAAUAGCGGUCCUACAGGAUUGGAAUUCAGAAGGAGAUGCUCUUGGUUAUACCGAAGAGGGAGAUAUUGAUGUCCCAGGAGGAGAAGACAUAGAGGCCCCGGCUUUAGAGCAGAUGGACCAGGUCUCAGAGAUGCUGCUCAUGGGAUUAAAUAGGAUUGUCCCUGAGAUAAGAACAUUGAUUGAUAAGGAGAAGCCUCCAGCCAUGGACCUACAGAAGUCUGAUGUGGGACCAAAAACCCCAUGCUGCUCAGGAACAGCCCAGCAACUCAGCUCAGCUUGUACCCAAGAGGCAGAAAAACCAACAGUGUUUGGGAGCGUCUCUUGUUUUGAGGCCUCGUGCUGUGUAGUCCCACCAAUGUACAUUGAGAGGGCCACCGAUAUAACUCUGGAUAGAAACACGGCCGCUAACAACGUGCUUGUAUCUAAUGGCAAUAAAACAUUGUCAUAUUCUGAAACCAGCCAGUGUUACCCAGAAUCCCCUGAGAGAUUCCAGGAAUCUCAGGUCCUGAGUAGCAGGCUCUUUGCUUCUGGCCAACACUACUGGGAGGUGGAGGUGAGUGAACUGGGGGAAGUGAGGAUCGGGGUGGCCUAUCCCAGUAUAGCCAGGAAAGGGUUCCGGUCCUACAUUGGGGAGAAUACAAAGUCCUGGUGUUUGUACAGAUAUGAAACUUCCAGCAAACUAGAAGAGAAGCGGCAGAGGUUCUCGGGGAGACACGGCAGUAAAGGAACCCACCUGCCCUACAGGGUUUCCUGCCCCAGGCUGGGGGUUUAUCUCGACUGUGAGGCCGGCAGUGUGUCCUUCUAUGAGCUGUGUGACCAAAUCAGGCACUUACACACCUUCACUGCCACCUUCACCGAACCCCUGCAUGCUGCAUUCUGUGUGUGGGGGGGUGCCUCUGUGACUGUCCUUAGCUAGAGCCUGUACCCCAAUAGGAAGGGUCCCUGGGUGGGACCCAAAGGGGAGAUCAUUAUCUGUUACACUAAGGGCUCCACCCACACAUUAUAAGGAGAUAUGUACUCAGGUCUAUAUUGGAAUUCUAACAUUGCUCCCAAGUGGUUAAUGAGUGGAAAGAUAAUUGUGUAGGGACCCAUAGGGUUAAUCUGCCCCUAUGGCUUUAAACCCUACCACUGGGCAAAGACCCAUGUA